AUGGCUACCGAGUUUGACGACGUCCUCACAAAUCAGCCCGUCGUCAUUGACAAUGGUUCGGGGACCAUCAAGGCCGGCUUUGCGGGCCAGGAGCAGCCUGGCUGCUACAUCCCUUCCUUUGUCGGGCGGCCCAAGCACCCUCGCGUCAUGGCCGGCGCGAUCCAGGACAACCUCUUCAUUGGCAAGCGGGCACAGGAGCUGCGUGGCCUGCUCAAGAUUCAGUACCCGAUGGAGCACGGCGUCGUGACCGACUGGGACGACAUGGAGCGUAUCUGGAACUGGGUCUACAGUGAUGGUCUCAAGGCGCUGUCUGAGGAGCACCCGGUUCUCUUGACAGAGGCACCGCUGAACCCGCGCCAAAACCGCGACGUUGCUGCGCAGAUCUUCUUUGAGACGUUCAACGUCCCAGCAUUCUUCACCAGCGUGCAAGCCGUCCUGAGUCUGUACUCGACUGGACGAACAACCGGUAUUGUGCUCGACUCGGGAGACGGCGUCACGCACGCCGUGCCCGUGUUCGAGGGUUUCUCAAUGCCUCACGCUAUUCAGCGGAUAGACCUCGCUGGCCGUGACGUGACAGACCACCUGCAGCUGCUCCUCCGUAAGGGCGGCCACUACCUGCACACCUCUGCAGAGAAGGAGGUUGUGCGCACGAUCAAGGAGAAGACAUGUUAUCUGGCGCUCAACCCGACCAAGGAGGAGAAGGACCACGGCGGCGCGUGGGAGGAGUUCAAGUUGCCAGACGGCAAGGUCAUCCAGCUCGGCACGGAGCGGUUCCUUGCGCCCGAGAUUCUGUUCAACCCGGAACUGGUGGGACUCGAGUACCCCGGCGUUCACCAGGUCAUUGUCGACUCGAUCAGCCGCACCGACCUGGACCUGCGCAAGGCUCUCUUCAGCAACAUUGUCCUCUCUGGUGGCUCGACACUGUGCACUGGUUUCGGCGACAGGCUCCUGAGCGAGAUCAAAAAGCUCACCGUCAAGGACCUCAAGCUCAAGAUCUAUGCUCCACCAGAACGAAAGUACUCUACGUGGAUCGGCGGCAGUAUUCUUGCGGGCUUGAGCACGUUCAGGAAGAUGUGGGUCUCGGCAGACGAGUACAAGGAAGACCCCGACAUUAUCCACAAGAAAGCGUUUUAG